AUGGUGCUAAAUUCGAAUACACAGCUCAAAGAUGGCCUCGUGAGCCAGGCAAAAACUGAAAGCAUAUCUAAAAGUAGACCUCCAGAUGAUAGACGCCAGCCCGAGAUGGCCACCAUAUAUGAUGACGACGAGCGGCUAUUGGCACGGAUAGGCUAUAAACAGGAACUAAGACGCGAAUUUUCAAAAUGGUCGACUAUUUCUUAUGCCAUUUCUAUUCUCGGGGUGUUGGGAUCAGUCCCAGCUACUUUCUCCUACCCCCUUGCAGCUGGAGGGCCCGGUGCCGCGGUCUGGUGCUGGUUCAUAGGAUCGUGCAUGGCAAUGUGCAUCGGCAGUUCUGUGGCCGAGCUGGUAUCUGCCUACCCAACGGCAGGUGGCAUGUAUUUUGUCACCAAGCAUGUAGUGCCCAAAGAUCAGGUUGCUAUCUUUGCAUGGGUGCAAGGAUGGUGCAAUCUGCUUGGUCAGACAGCCGGUGUAUCAAGCGUCGCAUACACUGUUAGCCAGAUGCUGCUAGCUUGUGUAAGCAUGAAUUCUUCAUAUCUAGGCGAGGGCGAAUACUCUUUUUCGCCGACUGCAGCACAGACAGUGCUCGUAUCGCUUGCUUUACUUUGUGUGAUGGGAGUAAUCUGUUCCCUUACGACCAAAACUUUGCAUCGAAUUGUCCUUUGGUUUGCACCAGUGAAUAUUCUAGCAACAAUUGGCAUAUGCAUUGCAAUCCUAGUCUUAACACCUGAAAAACAAUCCGCCAAAUGGGUUUUCACUAACGUGACGGACGGAUCGGGAUGGAGCUCGAAGUUUUUCUCGUUUCUUCUUGGAUUCUUGUCUGUGGCAUGGACGAUGACCGACUAUGACGGAACUACUCAUAUGUCAGAGGAGACCCACGACGCAGCAAUCCGAGGUCCAUUGGCUAUUCGUACCGCAGUUGUUGUGUCUGGGCUAUUCGGGUGGAUGCUUACCGUAUCCAUGUGCUUUUGCAUUGAUGAUUUGGAAAAUAUUCUAAACAGCCCUACUAAAAUGCCUGCAGCACAGAUUUUCCUCAAUGCUGGCGGUCAAACUGGAGGAACCGUGAUGUGGUUCUUUGUGAUCCUCGUUCAAUUCUUCACUGGAUGUUCUGCCAUGCUGGCUGAUACUCGCAUGGCAUACGCAUUUGCUCGGGACGAAGCCCUACCAUUUUCAAAGUUUCUGGCGAAAGUCAACAAGACAACGCACACACCGGUGAAUUCCGUCUGGUUCGUGGUAUUUUUCAGCGCCGCUCUCAACCUCAUUGCGAUUGGGUCGACCGAGACAGCAUCAGCUAUUUUCAACAUCACCGCUCCGGCGCUGGAUAUCUCGUAUAUCUCUGUUAUUCUAGCUCACCAGAUAUAUAGACAUCGCGUCAGGUUUAUAGAGGGACCGUUUACUCUUGGACGAUGGGGCAGGCCUAUCAACCUUAUCUCUAUUACAUGGGUUAUGUUCAUCAGCGUUGUACUAUUCUUUCCUCCCACGAGACCUGUUACAGCGACGAAUAUGAACUAUGCCGUUUGUGUGGCCGCGUUCAUUGCCGUCUUCUCACUAUCGUGGUGGUGGCUAUCAGCAAGGAGCAAGUACAUUGGCCCACGCACAAAAGAGAUCAUCGAGCCAAUCCCGCAUGACGAGUACGAUGAGCCAACAUUCGACCGCGAUCAACCGGAAGACCUUUGA